AUGUCUACCACCGUUAGAAGAAGUUCUAUCACGAUACGACUCUCCGAGACACCGGAUUCUCCACUGUCAUCGAAGGUGGCCCUCUUCAAUCAGACCGCUCAAAGCCACCGAGAGUCGCAACUGACCAAUCCGUUCUCUGAUGCACAGGCGACACGCGGCAUGGCGAGGCUACAGAUCAGCAAGGAGGAGUACGGAAAACCAAAAGCGGGCAGCCUCACCGAAUACCGAGGAAAGAAGGCAAACAUUCAGGUGUACCAGGAAAUGCUUGAAUUGUGCCAGGUGAUCGAUGUUGAUGGGCAGCCAGUAUCGAAGAAGAAUCCCGAUAUCAAAAUGAUCUACUUCGGCGAGCUGUUUAAUAUCUACACACACAUCAACGAUAAACUGGUCGGUCUGUUGUUGCGUGCCCGCAAGCACGACCUUAUUCAGUUUGAAGGUGAAUGUUUGUUCCAGCGCCGUGACGAUCAUGUGCCGGUGUACCUCACGAAGCCUAUCACCCAGAUCCGGGACAUCUUGGUCGGAAAGCAGACGGAAAUUCGCCGCAGUUUGAGUCCCAACCCCCAACCCACCAAUAUGUUACCCUAG